AUCUCUUUUGAGCCACUUGUUUCUCUCUUUCUUUUGUCCACUCUCUUUCUCUCUCUCUCUCGUUCUAAUUCUUGAAUUCCCUUAGAAGCUUUUCAAUAAGUAAAAGCAUGCACCAUCCCUCAUUGGAUACAUAACAAUACUCUUUUUUUCUUUUUCUUAUCUCUCUAACAAGUUUUGGAUAUUCCCAUUCUUUUCCUUCUCUGCUGCACCCCCUUUUGACUUAAUUGUUAGUAAUGUGAAUUAUUCUGAUGGCUUCAUUUUUCAAAAUUAGUUCAUGUAUGAAUUUUUGUUUUCCCUUUUUAUGUAAUGUAAUUGUCCAAGUAUGUGUUGGUUAAUCUGAUUAUAGCUUCGUUUAUUCCAUGUAACCAACUUUUUUAAGUCUAGCUUUCUAAGAACAUGCUAUAACUUCGAGGUCACGGGUUCAAAUCUCGAAAAGAUUCUCUCUACUGAGUUAGAAUCUUGUGCACCAGACUAUCCUUUUAUUGAUAUGACAUGCUUUUGCAGAUGGGAGACGUGGCGAAGGACCUCACGGCGGGGACGGUGGGAGGGGCGGCGCAGCUAAUAUGCGGCCACCCCUUCGACACCAUCAAGGUAAAGCUGCAGAGCCAGCCUACGCCAGUACCCGGUCAGUCUCCAAAGUAUUCAGGUGCAAUUGAUGCUGUGAAGAAGACAGUAGCAGCUGAAGGUCCAAGAGGCUUGUACAAAGGUAUGGGGGCCCCACUUGCAACCGUUGCAGCCUUCAAUGCCGUGCUGUUUACGGUUAGAGGACAGAUGGAAGCAUUGGUCAGGACCCAACCUGGUGCUCCCCUCUCAGUUAGCCAGCAGUUUGUUUGCGGCGCCGGCGCCGGCGUUGCUGUUUCCUUCCUUGCUUGCCCCACUGAACUUGUCAAAUGCAGGCUGCAAGCACAAAGCGCACUUGCUGGGACCGGAACAGCGGCGGUGGCUGCCGUGAAGUACGGAGGACCAAUGGACGUGGCGAGGCAAGUUCUAAGAUCAGAAGGCGGCAUGAGAGGGCUUUUCAAAGGUUUGAUUCCGACCAUGGGCCGCGAGAUACCGGGAAACGCCAUAAUGUUUGGUGUCUAUGAAGCAAUCAAGCAAAUGCUUGCAGGGGGCCCUGACACUUCCGGACUAGGCAGAGGAUCUCUGAUUCUAGCCGGCGGCGUGGCCGGAGCCUCCUUUUGGUUCUUGGUGUAUCCAACCGACGUUGUUAAGAGUGUGAUCCAAGUUGAUGAUUACAAGAACCCAAAGUUUUCUGGCUCCUUUGAUGCUUUUAGAAAGAUUCAAGCUUCCGAAGGUUUAAAAGGCCUUUAUAAGGGUUUCGGCCCGGCCAUGGCGCGAAGCGUUCCGGCCAACGCCGCCUGCUUCUUGGCAUAUGAGAUGACAAGAUCAGCUCUUGGAUGAUAUUCAAUUCUCAUGUUUCUUGUUCUUUAAGUUAUUAGCCAAACACAAGUUCAUGUUCUCUUAUUUGCUUUAACAAAUUAAAGGAAUCAUUAUUCUUUUAGAAGUA